GCAGCCGCCCGAGCACCCGCCCGCGCCCCGCGCCUUCUCCUCGUUGCUGUCCGGCGCCGCCGCCGAGGCCGUGCCCAUCGUGGGCGGCAUCGACACGCUGGACUUGCCCGGCGCCUCCGUGCUGGACCUCGGGUUUCCUGAGGACCCCGGACCAUCCCACCAAUCCAGUCUUGACAAGAUGAACCUAAAAGAAGAAAUAGUAGUGAAGGUAGUAGAGCCAGAAGAAAGCUCAGAGGACAUGGCUGUGGUUCCACCCAGCCAGGAACAACUGUCUUUUCUGGGGUCAUCUUCUGGCAGCUCCUCUGGGAAAGGAAAAGCUAAAACAAAAGGCCGAUCCCAGACAGACCAAAAUGAAAUUACUGAAGAGGACCUAAUGCAGAUGCAGCAGACCCAGAUGCAGGUGAUCCAGUCUGGCUUUGACAAUGUUAACCACAAUCUUCGGCUGCUGCAGCAAGGCAUACAAGAUCUCAGCAAUAGCCUCAGCAUUAUGGCGCACACGCUGGUGGCUAUCAAAAAUGUCUAUGUGAAAAACAACAUGGGCCCAACCACCUAUGCCACUGCCUCCACUCAGACCACAGCUGGGUACCUGAGCCCUGGUUCUCCCCAGAUAUCCCCAGCUGAGGACAGGGGCAGAGCACAGGUGGCUGGAAGCAGCAGCAGAAGCAGCAGCUGCAGUUCCAGCUCUAUGUCUCAAGAGCCAGGCCCUUCCGAGUUUCCCAGACCCCCUUUGAGAACCAUUAAGAAAGAACAUCCCAAUGGCUGCUACUAUUUCUGUUUUGCAGAUGUGUAAAACUUGAAUACAUGUAAUAGUGACUGUGGUGUUAGAGGUGCUGUUUUAUGUUCUGCUCCAGCCUAUGAUGGAGCAAACUGGACUUACCUCCCACUCUUUUUUUU